AUGAGCAAUAACAUUAUGGACAAACUGAAAUUCCCAUUCAGAAAAUCAAAGUAGACGAGUUAGACUAUUGCAUAGCCUUAGAAGUUUCAGUAAUUGCUAAAAGCGAAUCCACUUCACACUAUACCAGAAGAAAGAAGGGAUAACAUGAAUCCGCAGGUAAAAUUUUUAAGACCUGAACUUGUAAGUGGUCAAGUAAAGCUGCAAUAAUUGGGACAAAAAUCAUUAGUGAAGAUGUUUGAUAAAUACUUCUAAGAGCAAUUUGAUCAUUCAAUGAAUAAAUUUGAAGGGCAUAGAAAGUCAAUGAGUAUGUCAAUGAGUAUGUUUGAAGAUUAUCUCAGGGAUUAAGAUAGCGCUGAACAAGCAGAGUUGGGCAUAAUACUUGAGACAAUUGAUGUUCUCUAAGAUUCAAAGCAAGUUCUCUAAGAGAAUGUCAUAAAAGACUAACUUAUUGGGGGAAACUCAGGAAUUUUAUCAAUGGUUGAGGGUGAUAUAGCGAAAAUGGUUGUGCGAGAAUACGAGAAUUCCCAGAAUAUGAUGAAGUUUAUUUGCUAAGAAAAUGAAUAGCUUAAGCUAUAAAACUCUAAUUUAAAAAAUGAGGUCAUCUGUCUAAGGAGGGAUAUUGACAACUUCAAGAAAGUUUAAUAAGAUUAGUAAGAUAAAAUAGAUAAACUGAAUGAAAUAAUAGAAGCUCAAAAAAAUAAAAUCAACAAUGCUAAAAUGCAAAAAUCUGAGAUACAAAAUAUGCUGUAGCAUGAAUCUAUAGUAUUGAUAAGAAGAUAUAAAGAAUUCAGAUUUAAAAAAUCUGGUUCAAAUAAUGAUCAAGAGUUAGAAGAGGAUAUGCUUAAUUAAACACAGUUACAGAGCUUGGAGUAAUCUAUUUUAGAAGAUAAUACUUGUAAAUAAUGCAGAGAAUCACUUAGGUAAAUAACUUAAUUGCAGCCAUUCAGGGUUAAAAUCAACAGUCAAAUGAUAUCAAACAGUUAAAGUGCAAUGAUAAAAGCAAAUGAUUUUAUAAAUCAUUACGGAUCAUAUUUGCCCGACGAUUACUUUGAUCAAGAUGAUGAUGAAGAUGAUUAAAGUAAUAUGUCGCCUGAUGGUCAACCAUUCUAGAGAUCAAUGACACUAAGUGGAUUUUUCAAUAAAAUUAAAGAUUCACUUUCAGGAACUAAAACUGCUGCUGACAGCAGAAAGACUAUUUAGAAUGGAGAAUAAAUGAACACCCAAGUUGAUUCUGUAUCAUCUGACCAUGAUUCAUAGGAUGAUGGGAACUUAAGUUUUAAGUCAGCUGAAAAAGUCUAUGAAUUUAUGGUGGAUUUUGAUACCAGUAUACUCGCAUUAUUCGGAAUUUCAAGAUAUCCAUAUAAAAGCUAUCAAUAAAUUGAAAGCAGAAAAUUAGUAAAUGCAGUUAAAAAUGUAGUAUGGGGAUUACUUGUACAGACAAAAUCAAGAUAAGCUAAAGAUGCUUUAGUAGGGGUAAUGCAGUGUACAGAUGGAGUUGAUAAGUAUUAGACUAGAAAAAUAGAAUCUAGAGAGAAGAGUUAAGUAGAUGGGUUAAGAGAUUUUUGA